GAUAAUCAAUGGUUAAAAUAUCCUAUUAAAAGAAAAGUCUCUCUCCCCCCACCCCCCCAAAAAAAAAUGCAAACCCAAACCCAACCCAUCAAAACCAUUCCUAUAUAUACCCCACCUCUUCUACGCUAAAACCCACAUAUUAAGAGACACCAAUUAAGCCAAAAUAAAGCGGGAGAGAGAAAAAAUGAGGUUUUGGGGUGUGGCGUUGUUCUGUUUCUUGUCUAUCAUAGGAGCCUUGUCUCAAGGCGAUGUCGGUUCGAUCAUCAGUAGAACCCAAUUUGAUCAGAUGUUGAAGCAUCGGAAUGAUGCGGCUUGCCUUGCGAAAGGGUUCUACACUUAUGAUGCUUUCGUAGCUGCAGCCAAGUCAUUUGGAGCUUUUGGAACAACUGGUGCUACAGACAUUCGUAAGAGAGAAAUUGCUGCCUUUAUGGCACAAACAUCCCAUGAAACCACAGGUGGGUGGCCUACAGCACCAGAUGGUCCAUAUGCAUGGGGAUACUGCUUCAAAGAAGAACGAGGCAACCCACCAGACUAUUGUACUCAAAGUCAACAAUGGCCAUGCGUUCCUGGUAAGAAGUACUAUGGUCGAGGCCCCAUUCCAAAUCACACACAACUACAACUAUGGUCCAGCAGGAAGAGCCAUCGGAAUGAAUCUGCUAAACAGCCCCGAAAACUGUUGCAAACGAUCCAGUAGUUUCUUCAAGACAAGUUUUGGUUUUGGAUGACACCCCAAUCGCAAAAACCUUCAUGCCACGACGUCAUCACCGGAACAUGGAGGCCAUCGGCAGCAGAUACAGCAGCCGGUUCGUGUCCCUGGCUAUGGUGUGAUCACCAAUAUCAUCAACGGUGGAAUUGAAUGUGGUAAAGGUCUAACCCACAGGUGGAGGAUCGGAUCGGUUUUUACAAAAGAUACUGUGACAUACUAGGAGUAGGCUAUGGCAACAAUCUGGAUUGCUACAAACCAGAGGCCUUUGCUUAGGCAUUUAAAGGGACCGCUCGAGCCGUCUCCAGAGUUACUUACAGGAAUAAGAUGCUUCAUACAUGCUUGUAAUAUAAUGAAGCAGUAAUAAAUAUGCAUAGUUUGGCUUAACAAAAUAGUAAUUUGGUGCCAAAUAUAUGUCUGUAUCAAGGAAAUGAUGAAUAAAACUUCCCAUAUUUCAGAUAUAUUGAAUCUAAUAGUUAAGUAGUGA